CACAAUCAUUAGACAAUUGUUGAAUAAACAAUUAAACCAAUUAUAGACUAAUGAUUUGAUUAAACAAACCAUUAUGAUGUAGGGACGGAUCGACGUGGGCCGGAUCGACUUGGGGCCGGAUCGGUUUGGGGACGGAACGACCGGAUACCGAACCAGAAGACCUUAUUCAUAUGCUUACUAGUACCUGCUCAGCAUUAAGUGAGACAAGAAAAGAAACUUUCAACCCGAUAAAAACUUAUGUAACCAAAUUCAUUGGAGAAAUGAAGUGGAAAGAGACAUUCAUUGAUAGACAUAAAAUUACAGUCCUUAUAAUUGACUGUACAAACUUCACAUAUAUAUUCAGUGAAAGCAAGCUCAAAGUCAAAAUAGAAGAACUAGAAAUGCUCACAAGUGAUAUGUGCUACAAGAUGCAUAACUCGAGACUAAAACUGAUAAGUGUUUAAUGGCUGUUGACAAUUAUCACUCAACUUAGAUACUUAAAGUCUAUUUUAGAUUUUAGCAAGUGUAUAUAUAUUCACGGAGUGUGUACAUAGUUAAAGACUUUUUAUCCAUAUUACCCUCAAAAGAGGGGUGUUCCUAACAGAGGAAGCUUAUACGAAGAAAAGAAGAAGGACGAUUACAUAACAUAGUUUGACAACAAAUUUCAUGUGAUAAGGACCUAGAGAUGGUUUUAAAAUGAAUAGACCCAUUUUACAAAGAUUUAUUGCAACAUCUUCCCAAGUCUUUAAGCUUUCUAGCAGAUUCUCUACAAGUAAUACUUGCAGUCAAAAACAGAAAUGGAGCUACUUCCAGGGUCCUAGUGAUGCACCAUUGUUAGGAGUAACCAUUGGUCAGGGAUUGGAACAGAGAGCUGAUUUAAAUCCUGAUAAAGAAGCUGUUAUCUUCUCUACUGGAAAUGUCAGGAAAACAUUCAGUCAGCUAUUAGAAGAGACAGACCAACUUGCAGCAGGAUUGUUAGAGCUUGGUAUUAAACGAGGAGACAGAGUAGGAAUAUGGGGACCAAACUCCGUAGAAUGGAGUCUGACACAGUAUGCCACAGCUAGGGCUGGAAUUAUACUGGUUAAUAUUAACCCAUUAUACAGACCUGAUGAACUACAGUAUGCUUUAGAAAAGGUUGGAUGUAAGGCUUUAAUAAUGGCAGAAGAGUGGAAAGGUCAAAAUUAUUAUGACAUUGUUUUCCAACUGGUGCCUGAAUUAGCCAGGGCAGACAGUGAUGAUCACAUUAAAAGUCACUUGUUGCCUGACCUGAAAAGAGUUAUAAUGAUGGGGGAUAAACAGUAUCAAGGAGCACUGAAAUUCUCGGAUGUAAUGGAGGCUGCUACCAAUAAACGUAGAACAGAAAUAUUAGAUUUACAGUCCAAACUACAGUUUGAUGACCCAAUCAAUAUACAGUUUACAUCUGGAACUACAGGAACACCCAAGGGAGCCACAUUGUCACAUCAUAAUAUUAUGAAUAACAGCUAUUUUACUGGACACAUACUUGGAUAUCAUGAAAUGGAAACUAGAAUUUGUAUACCAGUUCCUUUGUACCAUUGUUUUGGUAUGGUGGUAGGAAGUCUACAGAUGGUGACACAUGGAUCCACAUGUGUAUUCCCCUCACCAGGAUUUGAUGCAGGGACUACUCUUCAGUCUGUCAGCAAGGAAAGAUGUACAUCUCUGUAUGGUGUUCCUACCAUGUUUAUAGAUAUGCUGAAUCAUCACGAAUUUGACACAUUUGAUUUAAAAUCACUUUACACAGGGGUCAUGGCAGGGUCACCAUGCCCUAUAGAAACAAUGAGACAAGUUAUAAGCAAGAUGAAUAUGCCAUGCGUCACUGUUUGCUAUGGCACAACAGAAAACAGUCCUGUAACAUAUCAGAGCUAUAGAGAUGAUAUCUUAGAGAAGAAAGUUUCUACAGUAGGAAGACCACAUCCUCAUGUUGAGACGAAAAUUGUAGAUGAAAAUGGAAACAUUUUACCAGUAGGAGAAUCAGGAGAGCUGUGUACCAGAGGUUACAUGACUAUGCUGGAGUAUUGGAAUGAUCCUACUAAAACCAAUGAAGUUAUUAAAUCAGAUAGAUGGUAUUAUACAGGAGAUAUUGGUGAAAUGGAUGAGGAUGGAUUUUGUAGAAUUGUUGGGCGUAUCAAAGACAUGAUUAUCAGAGGUGGUGAAAAUAUUUAUCCAUUAGAAUUAGAACAGAUUUUAUAUAAGCAUCCCGAUGUUAAAGAUGUACAGGUAGUAGGUAUACCAGAUGAACGAUUAGGAGAGGAUAUAUUUGCUUUUAUAAAGUUAAAGGAUGGUCAUUCAUGUUCAGAAGAGGAUAUAAUGAAGUAUUGUAAAGAAAAGAUGGCUCGAUAUAAAAUUCCAAGAUUUGUGAGAUUUGUGACAGACUUUCCACUUACAGUAACAGGCAAAGUACAGAAAUUUAAGUUACAGGAAAUAGCAGAACAAGAUUUACAAAGUUGAUGGAUGUGUCAAAACAUGAAAAAGUCAAUCAUAAAUGAUGGAUGUGUCAAAACAUGAAAAAGUCAAUCAUAAAUGAUGAGUGAAUUAUAAGCUUAUAAAAUUUAUUGUAAUGCCUUAAAUAUAAAAGUAUUAUAAACAGCUUGAUUUGUGACAGAAUUCCAGCUUACAGUAACCGGCAAAGUGUAGACAUUUAAGUUACGAUAUAUACAAGAACAUGAUUAUGUGUAUUCAAGUAUAACUAAAUUGAAAUGUUAAAAACAUGAAAAGUGGAUCCUCAAUAUUGGUGAUAACCUUAAAAAAACAUAUGUUAUGCCUUAAAUAGUAGAGAUGGUUUGAUGAAAAGAUUAUCUCUUAAGGUAAUUCAUGUGAUUCAUCCAUCUGAUUUGUAGAAAGGAAUGAAUCAUGUUACUAUUUAGUAUUUUAAGUAGGGCCCCGUCUUCAAAAUUUUGCAUUGCAUGGCUA